CAUUGGUGUCAGAGCGGGGCAGACUCUGCCGGAAUCUCUAUAUCUGCUCUUUCGGUUGCGGAGCCACUUUCUCCAAGAACUGGCGGCUACUCGCUCACCUGUGCAGGCACACAGGGGAUGUAGGAGGGUCUGGGACUAAUCCCUCAGUAACCUCGCUGCAAGGCGCUUCCGGAGCUGUCACCAGGCGUGUUCUAUACGGCUUCACAUCAAAUCAAGCCCCGCAGUAUAAUCUACUCCUGAUCAAUACUGUAGAGAUUUAUUAUUCCUACAACAUCAGAAGUAUUUUGUUUUAUUUAUAUUUUUAUAUGAGCGAUUAUGAGCUCGUGAGAACAGUGCCGUUAAAACGUUCUACCUCAUAUUCGUAAAGCCCUUGACAAGGUUACACAUUGUAGACUAAUUAACAAAGUUACAUCACAUGGGAUUCAAGGAGAGCUUGUCAUUUGGAUAUGAAGUUGGCUGAAAUGCAGGAGACCGUGUUGGAGGAUUGUUUCUCCGCCUGGAGGCUUGUGACCAGUUGUGUUCUGCGGGGAUGGAUGCUGGGUGCACUUUGUCAUUUUCCUAAAUGCUUUCGAUUAGAAUCUUGGAGGCAUGAUUAGUAAGGUUGUGGAUGGCGCUAAAAUUGAUGGUAUAGUUGGUAGUGAAGAAGGUUCUCUCAGAUUAUCAAGGGAUCUUGAUCAAUUGGGCCAGUGAGCUGAGGAGUACCAGAUAGGGUUGAGUUUGAAUAAAUGCGAGGUAUUUUAGUUUUGUCAAACAAAUAAGGGUAGAACUUAGACAGUUAAUGGUAGGGUCCUUGGUAAUGUGGAACAAAGUGACCUAGGAGUUUAGGAAGGUUAUCUUUUUGAAUGUUGCAUCACAGGUAGACAGAAGACUAAGACAAUGGUUAAGAAGACUAAGACAGUGGUUAAUUGCUCAGACCAUUGAGUAUAGGAGUUAGGAUGUCAUGUUCAGGGGUGUUGGUGAGGCACUUUUUGACUGGUGUGUAUAAUUUUGUUUGCCCUACUGCAGGAAGGAUAUUAUUAAAUUGGAGAGGGUUCAGAAAGGAUUUACCAGGCUGUUAGAUAACACGGUGUGAAGCUGGAUGAACACAGCAGGCCAAGCAGCAUCAGAGGAGCAGGAACGCUUGACAUUUUGGGUCGGACUGUAUCGGCAGUUCGUACUAUCUCGGUAUCAAUUUCCUGCUCCUCUGCUGCUUGGCCUGCUGUGUUCAUCCAGCUUCAUGCUGUGUUAUCUCAGAUUCUCUAGCAUCAGUAGUUCCUACUAUCUCUUCAUCAGGAUGUUGCCAGGAGUGGAGGGCUUGAGUUAUAAGGAUAGGCUUUUUCUUCAAUGCAGCAUAGGAGGUUGAUGGAUGACCUUAAAGGUUUAUAAAAUCAUGUGGGGCAUAGAUAAGGUGAACAAAUGUCUUUUUUUCCUGGGUCAAGGAGUUCAAAACUAAGGGGGUAAUUUAAAGUUUUUGACAAGACUUGUAGCUUACGUUGUGGAUGAGAUUGUAGACUUGCUCGCCGAGCUGAUGUGUUUGAUUGCAGCUGGUUCAUCACCCUGCCAGGUAACAUUGUCACUGCGCCUUUGGUGAAGCCUUGGUUUUCUGUCCUUGUUAUUUAUAUGCCUCAGUUUGCUGGGGUGGUCGGCUUCAUUUUUGGAAGUGAAGGCUAGAUUGAGAAAAUUACUGGAAUAUGAUGACUCUGAAGAAGAAUCUUUACCAAAUUUUUUUUUUACAGAAACCAUUUUCCUGUCAAUAUGAGGGAUGUGGUAAAGGUUUCUCCAGGAAAGGUCAUCUUACAAGGCACCUUCUUCUUCAUGGAGAAGAAAAACCAUUUAGAUGUACAGAUGAAAGAUGCAGUAAGACUUUUACAACAAACGACAAUUUGAGAAAGCAUAUCUCAAGAAAGCAUGACAAUAUAGAAAAGCUUUAUUCGUGUGAUUUUGAAGGAUGUGGCAGAUCAUUUAAAAAGCAUCAGCAACUCAAGGUGCAUCAGUAUGAACACACAAAUGUGCCACCAUUUAAUCUCUUUGCUAGGUGCAAUUAUGAGGGUUGUGACAAACGUUUCUGUCUACCAAGCAAGCUGAAGCGUCAUGAAAAGAUACAUGCAGGUUAUGAAUGUAAAGUGGAAUUCUGCUCAUUUAUUGGAAAAACCUGGACAGAGUUACUUAGUCACACAAGGGAGCAUCGCAGAGAAGACUUCAUUUGUGACCAAUGCAAUAAGAAAUUCAAACGCAAAUCCUUUUUACAAGCACAUCUUAAAACUCAUGCUCAAGUGAGGGAAGUCUUCAGAUGUCCCAGGAAAGACUGCGAGAGAACUUACACAACGUCAUUUAACUUGCACAGCCAUAUUCUAUCAUUUCAUGAGCAACAACGAAAUUUUGUUUGUGGAUAUCCUGGCUGUGGGAAAGACUUUUCUAUGAAACAAAGUUUGGAACGUCACGCUGUUGUUCAUGAUCCUAAAAAACAGAAAUUAAAGGGAAAACGACAACAUCCUAAGCGUAGUCUUGCAUCUCGCCUUGCUGGAUAUAUCCCUUCCAAGAACCAGCCUGCUGCUGCCUCAUGUAUUUUAACUGAAAUGCUUGAAAAGACUAAAACGUCUGUAUUAGAAGAAAAAGAUGAGCUAACUCAACCAGUGGUAGCCAAUUAAGGUAAUGAGACUAAAUGUAAACUUUGAACUAAUACUUCAAUCCAGGUUCUCCAUGGAUACAUCAGCUUUUCCAAUGUGUAGCCUUCUACCCUGUUUAGACUCGUGGUGGGUGUCCCGCCAUAUAGUAAGAAAUGGAGUAACUCAUACAUUUUAUUUUUGUACUUCAAGAACUCUUGUAUAUACAAAAGUUAACUACUGCCAUUGUAUAGUAAAACAUACUCAGUCAAGUCAGUUAAAAACUAACAGAUUUUUCACUCCAUUUUGACCAUGCUGCUACUGUAAUUGUAAGUCUGAUUUUGAACUGUCAACUACACCCAUUUAAGACAUGGACAGUUGAUUACUUCAAGUUUACAUGGCAGAUCCAAUGAUUAAAGAAUGUUAUCUAGUUUGUGUUAAAUAAAGAGAUUCAGGAAAUGUCUUCAA